GGACGCUGUUUGUUAUGACUAGUGCUGCUUUGGCUGCGGGACAAACUUUCACAGGUCUCGGUAUUUUUUUCUUCUCCGUCUCAUUUGUCAUGUACAGCAAAGGAAAUGCUCCCCCAUUUUACUAAAAUUAUCUCAAACGGACCUGGAUCUAUCGUUUAACCACCACUGAAGGACGUUUUCCAUCUUUCACAAAACAGAGACUGUUUGGAAUAUAGGGGCCGAGAGUUCUUGCUGAGGACACCGGAGCUAUGAUAGGCGUUUGAAAACAUCUUGAUCACAUGGGCUCCUAUCCUGUGCUGACCCAAUGGUUUAAUCGCCAGGACUAAAAAUGAGCAUAAGCAGUGAUGAGGUUAAUUUCCUGGUUUACAGAUACCUGCAAGAGUCAGGCUUCUCCCACUCAGCAUUCACCUUUGGCAUAGAGAGCCACAUCAGCCAGUCCAACAUCAAUGGAGCCCUGGUGCCCCCUGCUGCCCUCAUCUCCAUCAUCCAGAAGGGCCUGCAGUAUGUCGAGGCUGAAGUCAGCAUCAACGAGGACGGGACCUUGUUUGACGGGCGGCCCAUCGAGUCGUUGUCUCUGAUUGAUGCUGUGAUGCCAGAUGUUGUCCAGACCAGGCAGCAAGCUUACAGGGACAAGCUGGCCCAACAGCAGCAGGCGGCAGCAGGCAGUGGCAGUGGCACCGGGCCCCAGGGCGGCACCAAGAACGGAGAGGGCACCGCCAACGGUGAAGAGAAUGGAUCACACACCUUAGCCAAUCACCACUCAGAGAUGAUGGAGGUGGACAGAGAUGUAGAGAUUCCCCAGAGUAAAGCCAUGGUCCUGCGGGGCCACGAAUCAGAAGUUUUCAUCUGUGCCUGGAACCCAGUGAACGACCUACUCGCCUCCGGGUCUGGGGAUUCGACAGCACGGAUCUGGAACCUGAGUGAGAACAGCACAGGCGGGUCCACUCAGCUGGUUCUGAGGCACUGCAUACGGGAAGGGGGCCAGGACGUACCCAGCAACAAAGACGUCACCUCACUAGACUGGAAUAGCGAGGGCACGUUACUAGCAACAGGCUCAUAUGAUGGCUUUGCUAGAAUAUGGACAAAAGACGGAAACCUGGCCAGUACUUUAGGGCAGCACAAAGGACCUAUAUUUGCACUCAAGUGGAAUAAGAAAGGAAACUUCAUUCUCAGUGCUGGUGUAGACAAGACAACAAUUAUUUGGGACGCACACACGGGAGAGGCAAAGCAGCAGUUUCCCUUCCACUCAGCACCUGCCCUGGACGUCGACUGGCAGAGCAACAACACGUUUGCCUCCUGUAGCACAGACAUGUGCAUCCACGUGUGUAAACUGGGUCAGGACAGACCUGUCAAGACCUUCCAGGGACAUACGAAUGAGGUGAAUGCCAUCAAGUGGGACCCCACUGGCAGCCUACUGGCGUCCUGCUCGGACGACAUGACACUGAAGAUCUGGAAUAUGAAGCAGGAUUCGUGCGUCCAUGAUCUCCAAGCCCACAGUAAAGAAAUCUACACAAUCAAGUGGAGCCCCACAGGCUCCGGGACCAACAACCCCAGCGCCAACCUCAUGCUGGCCAGUGCAUCAUUUGACUCUACAGUACGUCUGUGGGAUGUGGAGCGAGGGGUUUGCAUUCACACGCUGACCCGCCACCAGGAGCCAGUCUACAGCGUGGCCUUCAGCCCUGACGGCAGACACCUGGCCAGCGGCUCCUUCGACAAGUGUGUCCACAUCUGGAACACUCAGACGGGGGCUUUAGUCCACAGCUACCGGGGGACAGGAGGGAUCUUUGAGGUGUGCUGGAACGCCACGGGGGACAAAGUAGGAGCCAGUGCGUCAGACGGAUCUGUUUGUGUAUUAGACCUGAGGAAAUGACACUCGUCUGGGGGAGCCAUGGACCGACUACGAAUGUGUACAUAGCCAAAAUGACUGACUGCCCCUGCCUGUCCGCCACACUGCUGUAGUCCCAUCAGAUGCCAUGGCCUGCCAUUUUAGCCAAAUGGAGCGCUCCCCCCUUGUGUACACUAAAGAAAGGACCACCUCCACCCACACUUGGAAUGCACAUGCGUCAGAAAAACAGGUCUGUCCAGACUUUACGUUUUCUGUCACAGACCUGCAAGAAGAAGAAAGCAUUUCCUCGUACCCAUCGGACCCACCACAUUCAAACCAAAACCCCAGGAUUCAUCUCGCUCUCCUCUUUUUAUCCUUUGUACCAGAAUUAUAAUGAUUUUUGUUCUCUGUUGCUGUGUGCAUAUUGCAUAUGUCAGCAUUUGGUGUCCUGUGGACAUUGUUGUUUUAAAUUUGGAUUUUUCUGAUCUCUGUAGGUUUUAUAUUUACAUGUGGGCUGGGAGAGAAGAGCAGAGGGGAGGGGGUGAGAGAUGUCUGUCUUUUCCAUUGGCUGUUCAUUGGGAGAUCCAUACAUUCACGUCCUUAAAGGAAUAAAAAAAAAUGCAGAUGUACAGAAUAGCUCAGAGGAUGAAAUGGUUUUUAAUUUUGACAAAUCUAUUUUUAUCCAGUUGGUUCUCUCCAUUUUUGCCAUUUUUUAACAAAGUAUAAAGCAGUUAAUCAAAGGUUAAACUUGUCCUAUCUGUGCAACUUUUUAUCUUCUCCAACCUCAAAUGGUUUUCAGGUGUUCACAACUCAUCAGGUUAACAUAGAGCUCUAAAGAAUUCAAAACCUUUAGACUGAGAGGUAAUCUCUGUAGCUGUUAAACACCGUGUCAGUCUCCUGUUCUGACCAGGUGGUGUGCUGGGCUCAGGGUUCAGAAGAGGCAGAAAGACAGCGACGCUAAUGUGCAGUAAGCUUCAGGUUCCCGCCCCUGCUCGUCAGCUCGUCUGGACCUUCGUCUCAAACUCAAAUAGACGACUAUGCUUUUGUCAUUACCGAGGUUUUUCGCGGCGGAGACGUUGCUUGCUUUUCGGCAUCGGUGCAUCUUCGGGAUCUGCAGUCAAAGAGCAAAUGGGCGUCAGUAGGCGCCAUAUUGGAAACAGGCCCAUAACUGCUUGCAUCUAUUUGACAUAAACAUUAAUAGUCAUAAUUUUGUUUAUUUCCUCAAUUAAUGGCUGGUUGUUAACCAAUGCUGAAUGAUAAUCAGACUAAGCUGCUCUAAUUGUGUCCUGUUUCCUUGCUUGGUCAUUAAACAUCACAAAUAAUUAGUUUCUGUGCAGACACAGGGUCUGCCAUCCUAAACACACCAUCAGCUGUUAAGACUUGUGUUUUAGAAAGUAUGUUCAUAUGGGAGUAAAUUGCAGCUAUAAAUGUGUUUUAUUAUAAUUCUAAUGCCACCUGCAUUACAUUUUAUAUCAAGAAAAUAUUUAAAGGAUAAUCUGUGGCUUUACAUCCAGUUCCUGCCAGAGUUUAUUUUACAGUAAUGAAUCACUGCACAUAAUUAGACUUAUUACAUGGAAUAAAUGUCAAAAAUGUUGAUUAAAUGAUUUGAAUAAUUUGUAAAAUGCUAUGACUAGAAUUAAUCCAUACCAAAGCAAAGGCAAAGGUUAUUACAUUUAUUAUUUAUGGUUUGGUUUAGAGUUGGGAAAAAUACUAAGGAUUAUUUUAAUACCCAAAGUAGGAGAUGGAAUGAAAA